AUGAUCGAGCCAUCGGGCACCUCCGAUGACCGCGAGUGGCCGCCCGCAGCUCCCUUACUGCCGCUAUCUUAUCGGCAAGUCCAUCCUCUCUACGCCUACACCGUAACGCUUCCCCAGAUCCUCUCAAAACCCAAUUUUCCUGCCCGAAAAUCCGAACUUCCGGCCUCCGAGUCUGCGGCCGUGCGUCGCGCUGGGGAAUAA